CUUAAAGAGAUCUUUAUUCUACAGACAAAGCUAAAGAAGCCCUUAAAGCAUUUGCUUAUUAUUAAUAGUUAUAGAAGCCACUAUAUAAACAAUUUCCUUUAUAAAUACUAUAAAAAUAAUAUUUAUUUAUUAUUUCUACUACUAUAUAGCUCUUAUGUCCUUCAGCCUCUUAAUAUCUUAAUUUUCUCGCUAAUUAAGGUAUAUUAUCGUCAAGCCCUCGCAGAUUAUCUUAACCUUAAAGAUUCUACGCUAUACAGCAAGAUAGUCUUCCUCUAA